AUGAUACCAUACACCUUGGGUAUCAGGUUUCUUGAGGGAAGUCACUUCCUGGUAGCUUCCUGCAGGAGCAAAGCAAGAAGAAAAAGGAGCAUGAAGCUGAUAGUGGAAGUUGUAGAUGCUCGUGAUCUUAUGCCCAAAGACGGAGAAGGAUCAGCUAGUCCAUUUGUGGAAGUUGAUUUUGAAAACCAGUUGAGUCGAACCAAAACUGUUCCAAAGAAUCUCAACCCCAUUUGGAACCAAAAACUUCUCUUCAAUUUUGACGAAACCAAAAAUCACAAUCACCAAUCCAUUGAAGUCUGCAUUUACAACGAGAGAAGGCUGAUUCCUGGGCGAAACUUUCUUGGAAGGGUGAGAAUUCCUUGCUCAAAUAUAGUCAAGAAAGGUGAGGAGACUUAUCAAUCAUUCCAACUGGAAAAGAAGUGGUUUUCGUCAUUUGUCAAAGGUGAGAUUGGCAUCAAAGUUUAUAUUUCGCCAGAAUCCGAUCCAAAGUCUGCUCCUCCAUCGUCUGCACUACCACCUCAACCAGUACCUUCUGGUCCCCCUAACUCUCCCAUUUCAGAAACUAAAAACCUUCUCAGUAAUACACCUGCAGCCCUUCCCGCAACAGAAAACUCUCUUCCUGAAACUACUAAAGCUAUCGCUUAUAAACCAGAAAACAACGAUCCCACAGCCUCGCUGACCAAGUCUUCUAGCUCUCCUUCUACAACAGUCGGUGCUCUAGCGGAAGUGCCAAAGGAAGUCAUCGAAGAGCCCUUCAGAAUAGAAACUACUCAACACGUGCACAAACACCAAGUCCUGCAACAACCAGGCAUAUCGGUGGGAAAAGAACCACAAGGUGUGCUGUUAGCCAUGCAUCACCAAGCCAAUCCACAAGCUCAUCAAAGCCAUCAAGAAGACUACAAUUUGAAGGACACAAACCCCCACCUUGGGGAGCGGUGGCCAAGUGGAGGAGCAUAUGGUGGAAGAGGGUGGAUGAGCGGUGAGAGAUUUACCAGUACAUAUGAUCUCGUUGAGCAGACGUUUUAUCUUUAUGUUCGAGUUGUGAAGGCCAAAGAUCUUCCACCCAGCUCAAUUACCGGUAGCUUGGAUCCUUAUGUGGAAGUGAAGCUUGGGAACUACAAAGGAAGAACAAAGCAUUUUGAGAAGAAACUGAACCCUGAAUGGAACCAGGUUUUUUCUUUCCCCAAAGAACGCGUCCAGUCAUCAAUGCUAGAAGUUUUUCUUAAGGAAAAAGAGAUGGUUGGAAGAGAUGAUUAUCUUGGAAGAGUGGUUUUUGACUUGAAUGAGGUUCCAACCAGGGUUCCACCAGAUAGCCCUCUGGCUCCUCAGUGGUACAGAUUGGAGGAACGCCGUGGGGAAGGAAAGGUGAGAGGAGAAAUCAUGCUUGCAGUUUGGAUGGGAACACAAGCUGAUGAAGCCUUUCCAGAGGCAUGGCAUGCAGAUGCUGCUCUUGUUCAUGGAGAGGGUGUUUUCAACAUCCGAUCCAAGGUCUAUGUCUCACCGAAACUUUGGUACCUCAGGGUAAAUGUCAUUGAAGCUCAGGACGUCAUUCCAAACGACAGAAGCCGUCUCCCUGAAGUUUUUGUGAAAGCUCAGGUGGGAAACCAAGUGCUCAAGACCAAGAUAUGCCCAACUCGCACAGCAAACCCACUUUGGAAUGAAGAUUUAGUUUUUGUAGCAGCUGAACCUUUUGAGGAACAGCUGGUCCUUACUGUUGAGGACCGAGUUCACCCUUCAAAAGAUGAUGUGCUGGGGAGGACAAGCCUACCACUCACCACGUUUGAGAAGCGGCUUGAUCACCGGCCAGUUCAUUCUCGCUGGUUCAACCUUGAGAAGUUUGGUUUUGGUGUCUUGGAAGCUGACAGGAGAAAGGAACUCCAGUUUUCAAGCAGAAUACACCUUCGAGUUUGUCUUGAAGGUGGAUAUCAUGUACUGGAUGAAUCAACACACUACAUCAGUGAUCAACGACCAACAGCAAGACAGCUCUGGAAGCAGCCCGUUGGAAUAUUGGAAGUGGGCAUAUUAGGUGCACAAGGGCUUCUCCCGAUGAAGAUGAAAGAUGGCCGAGGAAGUACAGAUGCUUACCUUGUGGCCAAGUAUGGCCAGAAAUGGGUUCGGACCAGAACAAUUCUUGGCACUUUCAGUCCCAAAUGGAAUGAACAAUACACUUGGGAAGUAUAUGAUCCUUGCACAGUGAUAACAUUGGGGGUUUUCGACAACUGCCACUUGGGAAGUGAAAAACCCGGAACCAGUGCAGCACAAGACUCGCGGAUUGGAAAGGUAAGGAUUAGGCUAUCAACUCUAGAAGCUCAUCGCAUUUACACAAAUUCUUACCCACUUCUUGUUCUGCAUCCAACUGGGGUAAAGAAAAUGGGGGAACUCCAGCUAGCAGUUCGAUUCACAAGCCUAUCCCUGGCACACACUAUAUACAUUUACGGGCACCCCCUGCUUCCCAAAAUGCAUUACUUACAUCCUUUCACAGUCAACCAAGUCGACAAUUUGAGGUACCAAGCAAUGAAUAUCGUAGCCGUGAGGCUUGGCCGGGCUGAACCACCUCUCAGAAAAGAGGUUGUGGAGUACAUGUUGGAUGUCGAUUUCCACAUGUGGAGUAUGAGAAGAAGCAAAGCUUAUUUCUUUCGGAUCAUGUCACUACUUUCAGGUAUGUUCUCGGUGAGCCGAUGGUUGGGUGAUGUUUGCCACUGGAAGAACCCCAUCACCUCAGUUCUAGUUCAUAUACUGUUUCUGAUACUGAUCUGGUACCCCGAGCUGAUACUUCCAACUCUGUUUCUCUAUAUGUUCCUCAUUGGCCUGUGGAACUAUAGGUUCCGACCAAGGCACCCACCUCAUAUGGAUACUAAACUCUCAUGGGCAGAGGCGGUGAACCCGGAUGAACUCGACGAAGAGUUUGACACGUUUCCAUCCACUAAACCACACGAUGUCGUUCGAAUGAGAUAUGAUAGGCUAAGAAGUGUGGCAGGGAGGAUUCAAAUGGUGGUGGGAGACAUAGCUACACAGGGUGAGAGAUUUCAGUCACUACUCGGCUGGAGAGAUCCUAGAGCAACCAGCCUGUUUAUAGUGUUCUGUCUUUGUGCAGCUGUGGUGCUUUAUGUGACUCCAUUUAGAGUGGUGGCUUUGGUUGCAGGAUUGUAUAUGCUACGACAUCCUCGGUUCCGGAGCAAGCUGCCUUCUGUUCCCGGCAAUUUCUUCAAGAGAUUACCAGCUCGAAUAGAUAGCUUGCUCUAAUACUCCAUGUUAAAAAUCAAGCUUGUGUAUUUCUUUUUCUUUCCAUUCUUACCUUUUGUUUUAUGAAUUUUUCACGUAUCUUUAUUGUGUGCUUUCCAAUAAAUGUUAUGUUCGGCCGUUUUUAUAAGGCAGCUUCUUCCUAAAGAAGAUUGUUUAGUAUACCUACGUUCUUGGCUAAUGCUUGUGUAAU